UAAUACAUAAUACAUAAUAAUACAACUGGAUGUGGCCGAAAUCAUGUUCAUAUUCUGAUCAUUAAAUGAACAUCCCCAUCUCGGUUUGAGGGAUCAAGCAAGCACGAACCUAAGCUCCAUUCAUUCUCUUGUGCGUCCAAAAUACAUGGUGAGAAUGGAAGCAAAAGCUUCAUCAUCAUUGGGCGUGAUCCUUCUUCUCGUAGUCAUAGCUGAAGCAGCUGUGUCCAAAGGAUCCUUUGAAGAUAAUUUCAGCAUAAUGUGGUCUGAAGACCAUUUUAGUACCUCCAAGGAUGGGCAGAUCUGGUAUCUCUCACUUGACAAAGACACAGGAUGUGGAUUUCAAACAAAGCAGCGAUACAGAUUCGGGUGGUUCAGUAUGAAGCUGAAAUUGGUGGCAGGUGACUCUGCUGGAGUUGUCACAGCUUACUAUAUGUGCUCGGAGAACGGGGCAGGGCCAGAAAGAGAUGAGCUGGACUUUGAGUUCUUGGGGAACAGAACAGGGCAGCCGUUCUUGAUUCAGACAAAUGUAUACAAGAAUGGAACUGGAGGCCGUGAGAUGAGGCACAUGCUUUGGUUCGAUCCAACUGAGGACUACCACACCUAUUCGAUUCUCUGGAACAACCACCAAAUUGUGUUUUUCGUGGAUAGAGUGCCCAUAAGGGUGUUCAAGAACAAUGGGAAGGAAAACAAUUUCUUCCCAAAUGAGAAGCCCAUGUACUUGUUCUCGAGCAUAUGGAACGCAGAUGAGUGGGCCACAAGAGGAGGACUGGAGAAGACGAACUGGAAACUAGCACCCUUUGUGUCAUCAUACAAGGACUUCAGCGUCGACGGCUGCCAAUGGAAAGAUCCAUAUCCUGCAUGUGUCUCAACCACCACCGACAAUUGGUGGGAUCAAUACUCUGCCUGGCACCUCUCCGAUGAUCAGAAGAAGGAUUAUGCUUGGGUUCAGAGGAACCUCGUCAUCUAUGACUACUGCAACGAUUCUCAACGCUAUCCAAUCCUUCCAGAAGAGUGUUCUUUGAGCCCCUGGGAUUAAUUCCUUUUACACUUCCUUUUUUUGCGCGUAAUGUAUGUGCACCCACUUCGUAUGCCAUCGGCAUUUAAGAGAUUAUAUUCAUUCAUUCAGUUCGUUAUCAUAGCUGAAUAAGAAAAAUGCUAAAUCUCUUUUCAUCAGCUGGCUCCAUAGUUAGACAUAAAGAUUAGUCGCUAAAUAAACAAUUUCAACCCAUUUAAUUUGCUGAAGUCUGGAAACAGGAAACUAGAACCCGCUUGAAACUAACAUGCACCAGAGCACUGUUUGCAUAUGCAAUACUGAUUCCUAACGCCUAUUUUCUUAACAUCAAUUCUCUAACCCAAUCAUUGAGCAUUGAGAAAUGGUAAAUUACGACUGUCUUAGCAAUCAAUCGAAGCAUGCCUUCACAUGGUUUUAUGUGAGUAGUAUGACAAAAAUUUAAAGAAAGAAGGGAACAGCAAUGCGGCAAUCGAUAGGCCUUGUCUUCCCUGAGACGUCAACCAAACCGAUGCUCGGCUUAUCUAAUAUCCUGAAUGACUUUAAACAUCCAUACCCAUCAACCAUCCAUAUUUAAUAUCAUCAUAUGACCAAGUAUAAUUCAACAAUAUACAGCAACAAAAGCCCUUUCGAGCCACAAUUCAAAUAUACAAACACAAACUACAUAAUAGAAUCAACACAGCAUUAACCAAGGUACCAACUUUUAUAAAGGUAAAACACAAAGUGCAAUUAAAAAAAACAGUAGUAUUAUUAACAAUCAAAAGAUAAAUAACGAAAUUUAUUUAAAGGGCCACUAAGGACCCAGACCCAUUCAACAAGUUCAGAAAUUUAAAAACAUAAUAUUGAGGAAA